AAAGACACCACAGUGUGAUGUUGUGUGUCCGUUGUAUGUGGACUUAGAUCAUAAAUAAGUUUGCAAGUCGUUCUCCCAGCUGACAAAUUUGAAUUGUUAUCUUUGCUAAUUAUAAUUUGUUGAUUCAAAGACUGAGAGCCUGAAGUGGCAGAAGGGACAUUACACAACAGGAUACCAUCGCUGGAAGUCGUGAGCAGUCCUACUAGAGUUCUCAGAUGUGACAAUGAGUAGCCUGGAGUAGAUCAUGUCAGAGGGACAAUUGGUUCAGGAAAGAAUUUGUGAAUAGGAGAACUUGCUUCGUUAUAUUUAUUCCAAGGUCGACUCUCAACCCUAGUAUAACUGACAGACGCUGUGUUAUCAUAAUGAAGAGAAACUGUUUGGAAGAAUGUUUUAUUUUUGUACUAUUUGUCUUGAAUGUUCAUGGAGUGUUCCAUUCCUGCGUGGAUGUGAAGCAACAGACUGGAAACGCAUCUGACGGGGAAUAUAUCUUGUAUCUGCAACAAAAUACUGGAGCUUCACUGUAUUGUGCAGGUAUGAACACCAACUCCCCUAAGGAAUACCUCACUCUCAAGGCAGGGAGAAGCAACAACUUUGCAGUCUACUCUAAACAUAAAGGAACUGACAGCUGUGGGAGCAUGUCCCCAGCACAGUUAUACAGCCAAUGGGGGCGGACGGAGUUCACCAAGAUCAGACUGCAUGUUGACACCUUUAAUGUAGACAUCACAGACUAUACAUUCACCAAACAGAUUGGACCAAACCAUAUAUGCUAUGGAUGUGCUGGGGACAGCUUCUCCAGUUCUCUCAACUGCACACCACAUGGGAACUUCAAGAUUGACUUGUCUGAGACACCAUUUGCUAUCAGCCCAGACGUUCAAUGGACUUGGAACGGGCAGUACAGCAAGCCUGGCCAAGCCAAGGGACAGGCCUUCAUUGCCAACUACACUUACAUUGGAUGCUUCAUAGAUGGUCGUGUUCGUCUGCUACCAUCUGCGUAUAUGACAUCCUCCUCCAUGACUCCUGAUGUCUGCAUCAGUCACUGCAAACAGCAGGGCUACCGUUAUGCUGGAGUAGAGUAUACAAACCAGUGCUUCUGUGGAGACAGCCACACCCGCUAUGCCUUGGCCUCUAAGGAGACAGAAUGUAACUCCAAGUGUCAGGGAGACUUCGCCCAGACCUGUGGGGGUGCUUACAGGAUAUCUGUGUAUGCUACAGCACAAGACCAGAUAACCCAGGGAAGCUGUGGUGGGAUGCCCGGAUCAUGUUUCCCCGCUCUCAAGUCAUCACUGACGCUCAAGGGCAUAAAACUUGCACUUGUCAGCAAGCAUCCAUGCCUCAAUGGUGUGUGUCGGAACGAGGCUAGCUGUGUCGCUGUGUCGGAGUUGGGCUUCAAGUGUAUCUGCCAGAACGGAUAUGUGGGACCGCUCUGCGAUCAGCUGCAGUCCUUCAUCAAUGUGGACGGGUCGGACUGCCCCGCGGCCAUGCAGCCAGAGCAGUGUUCCUGUUCUUCCACGUGUUCCGGGGCCCGCUUCGAGGCCGACAGCUGCACCACAUCAUCCGGGAAGCCACAAGUUACAUGUCGCUAUGGUGACCCUGGCUUCGUGUUGCUGUACAAUCAGGCACCAACCGGCACCUCCAAACAGACAGCAAUAUGUCCUGUGGGCUCCGACAUUGUGGGCUGUUCUGUCUGGGACAACAACCACCACAAUCAUGGACAAGGUGCUGGAACAAUGGACGUUGCCAACAGGAAGUGCUCAAUCUCUGGUUGCGGCUCUUGUACAGUGCAAGCACGAUGUAAACAGUACAUGUGUGGGUGUUUGAAUGGCGGCACAUGUAGCAGGGUGACUGGGACGUGUACCUGUCCGGCAGCCUACUUCGGGGACCACUGUGAACUGUUCGACUACUGCAGCUACUACGAGGACCACAACAACAGAACUGCAUGCGGAGCAGGAACCUGCCUGGCAGUGCCAGAGCACUCAGUCCACACCUAUGGUGGCGACAACGCUGGAGACCACUGUCUGUUCCCCUUCACCUACACAGGGCUCACUUUCAGCUCUUGUAUAGAAAGCAACCAGGUUGGACCCCCCUUUGCAUGUGGAGCUAAGUUUGACGGAAACAAUGACUUUAUUGAUCUGGGACAAUGGAACCCUGGAACGGUGUACACAAUUGCAGCAUGGCUGUACCCAACAAUUUCAGACUCACGGAGGAGGACUAUUGUUGGUGGUGUGGCUGGUUGUCGAGACUUUGGUCUAGCAAUGCAGGGAGGCAAAUUCAAUAGCUACUACUAUCCUACUACAGGGAGACACUGCACUUCCUCUCUGUUUGCACCAACUCCCUACACCAAGGGGAAAUGGUAUCUCCUGGCUGUUGCCAAUAAUGGAACCAACACAUUUUUCUACCUGAACGGCAAGCAGGUCAACACAGCCAAGAAUCGUCCAUAUUCACUUCCAACAACAUCAGGCUUCCGGAUCGGGAGCUCUCAAUGCUGUAAGGGGGAGAACUUCCAGGGAAUGAUCAAGUCGGUGAAGGUCUGGAAACGAAGCCUAGGUAUAGAUGAGAUCACUCAAAGCAUGAGUGUGGUCGGCAGUGUCAACUCAACAAUUGAGGCGAGAUAUAAUGGUCUGGUGGCACACUAUGAGCUGGGGCAGGGCAUCAAGGUGCCGUGUAAUGGUAUCGACCACGGGGGCGACGACUGGACUGUCGCCCAAAAUGACAUUCUGUUUGGUUCCCACUGCAAUGUAAGUCAGUUCUUCAUCCCAAAGGGAGUGACAGUCUUCAUCAAGAAAUAUGAUGGGACUUCAGGGGGCAUCUUUGAAGUGUACUCUGAAAGUAUACAGAUUGACGGCUACCUGAAUGGGAUGGGUGCUGGUUACCGUGGUGCAGCAGGGGGUGACGCCUACCCAAAUCAAGAUGGCAUGCAAGGAGAAUCUAUAAAUGGAGUCGGCAAGAGGGGCACAGGAGCCAACAAGGGAGGUGGUGGAGGUGGCAGUGGCGGCCAUAUUGACUCCCAGGGGUAUGGUCGACCCGGCGCCGGAGGAGGGUAUGGCACCGCAGGGAUGAGCUCAGUGAAGAGAUCUAAUAGGGGCAAUGGCUGGAGUUCUGGUGGUGCGGUGUACGGAGACAAUGCAGUGUCAACAGUAUACAUGGGGUCUGGAGGAGGAAGUGGCGGCAAUGCCAAGGAUCUCAGUCACACACCUCCAGGUGGCCAUGGAGGGAAUGGUGGAGCGGCCAUAGUGCUGUAUUCAACUGGCAACAUCCAAGUGACUGGGUCCAUCUCAGUGGCCGGGGAGGCUGGACAGGGGGACAGUUUCACUCAAUCAGGUUGUAAGGGAUGCCCCGCAUCGUGUAAAGCCUCCAACCCAAGUCACUGCAUUGGCAGCAGCACAAGUGCCUGCUGGGACAUGUCUGGUCCAGGAGGCGGCGGCAGUGGCGGUAGCAUGUACAUGACAGGAAAUGUUGUCGAUGUCGGUCACAACCGUCUGUGGGGCAAUGGGGGGCAGGGGGGAUACGGUGGCGUGGGGGGAUGCGGUGGAGAUGGAGGAGUCGGCAGAAUCCAGAUCAACGCAGUCAUCUUUAAAGGCCAUGUCUCCUCAGCCUAUGGGCACAUCAACACCAACAAUGCAACCAAGCAGUAUAUAGAUUACAGCAUUACAGGACAGAAAAUGAUUGACCCGACAACCACCGUGAUCGGAAAUGAGAUUUACCGGGGCUGCUUCCUGGAUAGCACAACAAGCCGUCACUUUGUCUACCGUGUAUCUCUGUCUCAACAGCAGACAGCACAGGUCACACCUGACUUCUGUAUGGCGAUGUGCAGACAAAAGGGGUACACCGUGUCUGGAGUCGAGUAUGGAUCGGAGUGUUACUGUGACAACAACUUUAACUGGGGCUUGAAGAAACCUGACAGCGACUGCGGGAUGCCAUGUAAAGGUGACUCUCAACAAUACUGCGGUGCCUCCUAUCGGUUGGCAGUGUAUGGCCCCCGACCCUACAUCCCCGGCGAGGGUCAGAACGGCGUGGCAUCCUCCUGUCAGCCAUGGUGCGCCACAGCAGACGCCUUCUCCAGUCAGCCCAAGUGGGGAGUGUGUGAUCUGAGGAGUCUGACGUCCACCUCAUGGAAUGUCCACUGUGAAUGUCCAGCAGGUUUUACUGGCUCAAAUUGUGACCAGGUUUGCACCAACAAAACGUGGGGAAUCAACUGCCGCAAUCCCUGUAACUGCAACAUUACCAACAUCAUCAACUGCAACAGCAACGAUGGACAGUGUAACUGUAAGCCUGGAUUCACUGGGCCUCAGUGCAACCAGAGAUGUCCCAACGGAACCUUUGGGGACAACUGCCAAGGAAAGUGCAAUUGUCUUGAGACAGCAACAUGUGACUCUCGUACAGGAAACUGCAUCUGCAAGGCAGGAUGGUCGGGUCCCCGAUGUAACAUUCCAUGCACCCCGGGGCAAUAUGGCAUCAACUGCACUCAAAAGUGUCACUGUUACCAUGGCUCGUGUUCUCCGGAAGAUGGUACCUGCAACUGUGACCCGGGAUAUAUGCUACCUUUCUGUGCAGAGACGUGUGAUCCGGGAACGUACGGUCCGAGCUGUCUGUUCUUCUGUGAUUGUAACUACCAGGAUUGCAACUACCAGACCGGAGUGUGCCAGUGUGGACCGGGUCUCAUUGGUGACAAGUGCCAGAAGAAUUGUCCCCACGGCAAGUAUGGCCAGAGUUGUGCCAAGACCUGCUCCUGUCAGCAGAACGCUGGCUGUGAUGGCUCCACGGGGCUCUGUCAGUGUCCUCCAGGCUAUGUAGGUUCUGACUGUGGCACCAAGUGUACUCAGUGGAAAUAUGGGCAGGACUGCCUUCAGACCUGUUCAUGUGUUCAAGCCAACACCGCUUCCUGUGACUUUGAUUUGGGUAGAUGUCACUGCAAGCCAGGUUUCAGGGGACGUAACUGCAGCUUGCCAUGUUCCAGUGGGUACUACGGUCCUGGCUGCAAGCAGACGUGCGCCUGUUCGGGAGGAUCUCCGUGUGACCCAGUCAGUGGCCAGUGUCAGUGUAUCCCAGGGCUCAUCGGCGCCACAUGUAACCAGGCUUGUCCAGCAGGGAAAUACGGAGCUGGAUGUAAACUGACCUGCCCAACAUGUUCAGCAGGUGUGUGCAGCAAGGCAGAUGGCACCUGUAUCUGCCAGAGUGGCACCUGCACUUGUCCGAAGGGCUUCUGGAAGCCACAGUGCAGUAGUCCUUGUAACUGUGUCCAUGGAGGAUGUGACUCUCAGACUGGAGCAUGUGUGUGUGAUGCCGGGUGGACAGGCACCAUGUGCCAGACCCAGUGUACCCAGGGGACAUAUGGAGCGAACUGCGGGAGUCCAUGUAAAUGUGUCAACUCUAUGUGUGAUCCAACAGAUGGCUCAUGCAGCUGCUCAGAUGGAUUCACAGGACCAACAUGUGCCAUGUCCUGUGCGAAUGGUACCUUCGGACCCAACUGCCAGCUGCCCUGCCCAUCCUGUGGGUCGCGGUCGUAUGGCUGUGAUCCUGUGACUGGCAUCUGCCAGUGUUCCACAGGCUAUGCUGGAUUGUCAUGUGACCAGCCAUGUCCACAGGGGAAGUAUGGUGACCAGUGUAGUAAAACAUGCAACUGUGUGAACGGUGCCUGUGACACGGUGACUGGGAACUGCACGUGUAACCCUGGUUACACAGGCACUGCGUGUGAUCAGGCGUGUCCUGAUGGAACAUGGGGAGGUAACUGUAUCAAUUCGUGUAACUGUGGACCACACUCAACUCGCUGUGACCAAACCAUGGGAUUCUGUAUCUGCAACCCCGGGUUCCAGGGAGUGAAAUGUCGUCAGAGUUGUGACUCCGGCUACUACGGCGCCAACUGCUCCCUCACCUGCUCCUGUGCUGCUGGCAAGUCUCGCUGUAGCCCUCUCGACGGUUCCUGUGAGUGUACUGCUGGAUAUCAAGGCACCACAUGUAGCCAGCCAUGCCCAGUGGGGAAGUGGGGCAACGGCUGCACCCAGGACUGUGAGUGCUCCAACAGAGGCAACUGCAGCAUCACCACCGGCGUCUGUGACUGCGCGCCAGGCUACAUGGGUGCAACUUGUGUUCAACCGUGUAAGCAAGAUGUCUUCUGGGGGAAGAACUGUGCCAACCAGUGCAACUGUAAUGGUCACCACUGUGAUCAUGUGACUGGAUCAUGUGACUGCCCGGCUGGAAAAACUGGAGCUAACUGUCAACAGGACUGUGAUGGGAGCCACUUUGGCCUGCAGUGUGCCCAGACAUGUCAGUGUAAGAAUAGUGCCGCGUGUGACCCUGUCACCGGCACCUGCCACUGUCCACAAGGCUGGUCCGGAGAUUACUGCAACCAAAAGUGCCCCCGUGGUCGCUAUGGUGACGGAUGUACGAUGACCUGUAACUGUAUGAACGGAGCGUCAUGUGACACGACUGGCACGUGCCAGUGUGCCGCUGGGUACAUGGGCACCAACUGCUCACAAUCGUGUGCGCGAGGGACAUGGGGAGAUGGCUGCAGACAGAAGUGUUCGUCCCUGUGUGCCGCCAGCUGUCUGGCAGACACUGGAGUCUGCCGGUGCCAGAUGUGGACAUGCCAGAAUGGAGGAACGUGUGGCAAGGAUGGUCGCUGCAACUGUGUCCUGGGCUGGAUGGGAGACAACUGCAUGACAGGUCAAGGUCAGAACUUGAGGAGCAGCCAAAACCAAUUCGAUUUCUCCCUAAGUCUUGGACAGGUGAUCGGUAUCGUCAUUGCCUUCCUCAUUGUGCUGGUGGCAGCCAUCGUAGGGAUGGGGUUCUUUAUGAGGCGACGGACACUCAAGAAUGCUCCAACUUCUCCAGUCAAAUACGAAGACAAUGAGGUGAAGGUUUUGUCAAAAGACAAGGAUGGCGGGUUUACCAAUCCUAACUUCCAUGACCAGCCGGAAGAGGAUGUGAUGACAUCUCACCUGGAAAUUGACCAUGUGGACAGCCAAGCGUAAAGACAGAGAUUCUAUUUAUAAUACAUCAAGUUGCAUCUACACAGAUCAUGACCAUUCCCCAUUAUGCAGUGAAGGAGAUGGCGCUAGUGUCAUAUAGACAGCCAUGCUUAAGCAUAUCAAUUUCAUUCCAAAUAAGUCAUUCACUCUAAGAUGCAUCUGCUCUGGGCCCACUUGCACAAAACGAUCUAAGCGCUAAGACAAUUGUAGACCUAUGUUAAAGUAUGGGAGUUAAGAUCAUCUUAGUGCUAAGAUUGCCUUGUGCAAGUGGGCCCAGGUCCAGACCAUUCGUGAUCUUUAGUGGAGUAACGAUAUGCAGAUACAGCAAACAAACUGUUCAUCAUCCAUCUUACACAGAUUCCAACAGAACCUUCACUGUGCCCUCUCGCCUGUUUCUGCUCUACAAUAUCCUAUCUUCAAUCUCCGAAAUUUAAGAACAAAUGAUCCAGGGUUGUGCUUCACCUGCAAAAGAAUAGAUUACCGUAUUCGACGUUAUAAGCGCCCCGCUCUAAUAAGCGCCCAUGGUGACAUUUGCUGAUAUAUUGGCUGGUGAACAAUCCCAAUUAGCACCCCUUCCGAUUGAUCAAUGUACACAAGAC